AUGUCAACUUUCAAUGGACGGGCGUUCGAUCGAUACUGGAGUUCAAGCGGACGAAGACUCGUCUGCAAACGUCCGCCUUCGACUUACACAGUGAAGGAUUACGAUGCCUCUGACCAGAAGUAUAUGGAAUAUCACAUUCGGAGUGAAACGAGCGACCCCGCUGAGCCAGCAGGUUCAACGCCUGCGCCUGCCGACGGUCCCACUCAGAGCUCACACGAAACAUCGAAUACACAACCUCCGACUCAGUCUGGGCAAUCUAAACGCAAAGGAGACAAGAAGCGUACUUCUGGUCAUUUAGACUCCAGCGAGCCCAGCAGCAAGCGACCCAAGAGCAACAAUGAGAACCAAGGCAAUGAGAAGGAGCCGAAAAGAAUUCAUCCCAUCGUCCAGAAUGGUGUGUACGUCGCGGAGAUGUUCGCGGCUCAUGUUGCUCGGCAGCACGUCAUCUCCUGUGUGGUGAAUGACGACAUGCUUUACCUCUGGUAUUUUGAUCGGCAAAAUGCAAUUCAAUGCUCUGGCAUCAACUUCGUUCAGGACCUUCCCCGCUUUAUGGUCUUGCUGCUCGCCAUGCAGCGAAUGGCAUACGCGCACUGGGGUUAUAAUCCGGUAUUCGAGCCUGAGCCUGGAUCUUCGGGCGAGAUUCACCACGUCGAGGAUCCAAAACAUGGCCUAGUCGACCUCAAAUUUGACUUGAAGUCAGACGAUCGCACAACUCACUUCGGUCUGCGCGGACGCGCAACCACCGUCUUUCCAGUGGAGAGCAUCAAGUUAUCGAGUCUGCUAUCGGAUUCUCAUAACACAAGCAGCGACCUGGUUGCCAAGCUGUAUUGGCCAGAAGAGUCGCGUGAGAGCGAGCCCGAGAUUCUCAAGAAGGUGUAUAAGAUUGCGGAACGCGAGAUGAAGGUGAAGGGUCACGUCCCAGAUAUGGUUUGGUUCCACAAGUUUGAAGGAACAUCCACGGCGAACAUCCGGAAGGCGCUAGGAAUGGACGAUGCUGAACGAGGCAGUCGGGUCCUGUACAUCAUCGUAUUCAGAAAGCUUAUCCCGAUCACGAAGUUGAGCGGGAUGGAGUUCCUCACCGCAUGGUGGCAAGUUGUUGUCUGCCAUCAUGUCCUUUGGGAAAACGGCGUCUACCACCGCGACGUCAGCCCUAGCAAUCUCAUGGUAUACAAGACCUCAGAUGGUCGAUGGAUUGGCGUCCUCAACGACUAUGACCUAUCAUCGACCAAACACGAUGGUCCCAGCGGCAACGAGCGUACAGGGACAGUACCUUUCAUGGCGAUCGACCUUCUCACCCCGGCUGCCAUCAACGGCGAGGUUGAGCACCUCUACCGACACGAUGCUGAAUCGUUCAUCUGGGUCCUUACCUGGGUCUCUCUGCGGUAUGAAGGUGGCGAGCUCCUGAGCAAGGGCAGACCCCUUGAUGACUGGCUGAAAGUGGACGCUACAGGAUGCUCGAAGGAAAAGUCCCACUUUCUAUUUGUGAGGCUCAGGGACAACACUCUGCGUCCGUCGGCAUCGCACCAAGAGAACUGGACAGUUGCGCGAUCUUGCCUUCUCAAAUUCGCCUCGUUCUUCUUGGGCCAAACGCCCGCACUGGAAAAUGAGUUUGUAUUUCAGACGUGGCUGCUGGAAAAGAUACCAGAUGAGGCAAAGAUACCACCGUCGUUCCAAGACUAA